AUGAAACUCUGGGUCAGAAGGGAGCUGGUGUGUAUUGCCACGGUGGAGUCUUUCUUUAUGCUGCUCUACCUGGCUGAGAAAGUGGCAACAGCACAGGAGACCAAGAAGGGAGUCACCAAGGACGGGAUAGAGGACUCCUUCGAGGUGCUGUGUGAGAUUCAGGAGGUGGUAAAGACUGGUCUGUGGGUGGGAGACUGUUUCAUCUACACCAGCUCUGUCAACAAACUCAACUACUACGUAGGAGGAGAGAUCGUCACCAUCGCCCACCUGGACAGAACUAUGUACCUGUUGGGCUAUAUCCCUAAGGGUGACCGUCUGUAUCUGGGUGAUAAGGAGCUGAACAUCGUCACUUACUCUCUGCUGGUGGCGGUGCUGGAGUACCAGACAGCUGUAAUGAGGAGGGACUUUGGGAUGGCCGACAGGGUCCUACCCACCAUCCCUAAAGAGAUGAGGACCAGGGUCGCCCACUUCCUAGAGAAACAGGGCCUUGACAAUCUGGACCUGGACAUCAAAACCAGACGUUGACCUGGACGUCAACACCACAGACGUUGACCUGGACGUCGACUUCUUAGACUGAAAGUGGAGGAGGAAUGUCCUUAAAGUGACCAAAGAACACGUAGUGUUGUUCAUACUCCCAGUGAAAGGGCGUGUGGGCGUGAGGUGGGGUUUUGACCUUUACAGUGAAACUGGUGAAAGUCGGGUGGAGUUGGUCUUUCUGUCUUUAAACUGUGAAACACAAUGCAAGGGGGUUUGUAGAACGCUUUGGGUGAGAAUGGAUGGACAGUGUGGAACAAACGCAGGAAAUGUUUUGCAACGGGAAAAAUAUAUAUAUUUUUGAACAGGUACAAAUUUACUGUGUCGACUCAAUUUCUGGUUAAAUGCUGAACGCGACUCCGGGCUGUAUUCAUUAGUCAGAUUUCAUUGCAUAUGGAUAACAAGUUUGUUGGACAAAUUCAAGUAGGUCCCUCCCCAUUUCAUUUUGUUUGCUUCCUAGAGUAAACUCUUUCCUUUGCAAAACAUUUAGCAACAGAACCCAACUUAUAAAUACACCCCGAUUUUGAAAUCCUUUGUGCAGUACCUCAUCGUCCACUCUCACAUUGACCCACAGUAUAGAAUGAAAUGUAGUGUGAACCAGAGGGGGUCAUUGGGUUGAAAUGUUUACCUUAUCCAAUCACAUAGGAAGCUGGGAAUAGAGUAGUUCUCUACACUACGUCUUACCCCUAGAUAACCAGGCUUCCAGGGUCUCUUUCAUUAGUUAGGUUAGGUCCUCUCCACAGGUGUUGAGCUUGUGUUCAGUAUACCUCUACUUGUCUGGGCACACAUGCUGCUCUGCCAUGGUCUAGUGCAUUAGGUCUCUGCUGUUUUUAGGGAACCUACUUCAUUGUUAUAGAUGUGAAUCCAAGUGCCUUCUGUAUGACUGGUCUGGAAAAGGGAAUGAAAUGUUAUCAACUCAAUAUGA